AAAUCAAAAAUCUGUCGUGUUCGUGUGGUUUCGUGGUUUGGGUUUGGGCUGUGUUUUAGAACUUUGAUGAAAUUAUCGUCAAUUUAUUGUUGAUAUACAAAUUUAAUUGCAUGGUUCUACUGUGGUACAUUAAUUGUGUUGCAAAUGAGGGAAAAAGGAUGUAAACGACUAUUUUCAGUUGAUGAAAGGGCUGAAAUGUAUCUCAAUAAAUUUAAAGAUCUGAAUGUGUAUGACGAUUACAGUAUUGAAAUACCUGAUCAUGUAUUGGAGAGUAUAUUUUCAUAUUUGAAUCUUAAAGACCUUCGAAACUGUUCUUUAGUAUGUAAGAACUGGUAUAAAAUCCUAAGUGAUGAAAAUAAUGAUGUAUGGAGACACCACUGUGUUAAAAGAUUGGCAGAAGAAGUGUUAAAAUCAGACCUACUUUCAACAGUGACCACCUAUAAGUCCAAGUUGCGAGCAUUUUAUCACGCUUGGAAUCCCCAUGACUGUUCACGAAAUAUUUAUGUUAAACCCAAUGGCUUCACAUUACAUAGAAAUCCUGUAGCACAGAGUACAGAUGCAUGCAGAGGAAAAAUUGGAUUUCGUCAAGGACGCCAUGCUUGGGAAGUUAUUUGGGAUGGGCCUUUAGGUACAGUGGCUGUAGUAGGUGUGUCUACUAAAGAAGCACCCCUGCAAUGCCAAGGAUAUGUGGGGCUCCUUGGCUCAGAUGAACAGAGCUGGGGAUGGAAUUUGGUUGAUAAUCAUCUGUUACACAAUGGAGAUACCCAAGGGCACUAUCCCUUACUAAAUAACUGCCCAAAAUAUCAAAUGGGGGAAAGAAUAAGAGUAAUACUAGAUUGCGAAGAUAAUACUUUAUCGUUUGAAAGAAAUUAUGAAUUUUUAGGAGUUGCAUUCAGAGGCCUUCCCAACAAGAAACUAUACCCAACAGUGUCUGCAGUUUAUGGAAACACAGAGGUGUCUAUGGUAUAUCUAGGCCCACCGAUGGAUGGCUGAUAGUUAAUUACUUUCAUAGUAAAAAGUA